CGCGCGUACGUGUAUGUGUGUGUGUGUGUGUGUGCGCGCGCGCGUGCGUGUACGCGCUUGUGUGUGAUGCAAAGAUUCGGCUCAUUAUUAGGAAUUUUAGUGCCCCAAAUGACCCUAAAUCCCCUCCCUCUUCUUUACCUACUCAGUCCUCUCAGCUGACUUGGCUUUGUGGAAAAAUUCAGAGUUCUCACCCUCACCAAAACAGGAACAACUUCAGCAUGCCACAAAUAAUGUCAAAAGUCUUGUUAGAAUUGGAAAAUGGCAGACCCUGAAACAUCCAUCCAUGACUCAGAUUUGUACAAGAAUGUAUUUUGCAAUCCAGCAUUCGAACCAGGUAAUGAGCAUGAUGAAAUCAAAGUAUUUAAGGUUGCCAUAUCCUCAGAACCCAUCAACAGUGCUACAACUCGAGGAAGCAGCGUGUUUGGUCUGUGUGGGGUCUGUGUGAGGAGACGGUGGUGUAGUUGGGGAGCACUGUUGUUUUCAGCAGCUGUGCUGUUCUUGUUGGCUGUCCUGGGACUCACACUAGCACUUGUUCUCAAACAUAUGAAUCGAGAUCCUGCUGAAGGAAGAGUGCUGUCUCUAAACUCCUGGAGUGGUGGCAGUGUUCAGCAAAGUCUUGUCACAAAUCCCACUAUUCCUCUUCCUGAAUACAGCUCACCCAUGCCACACCUUGAGCAUGAGCCCAUCCCAUAUACAAAAUGUGGAGGGAUCCUGACUGAAUCAGAGGGAACUAUCAGCUCCCCCAACCAUCCAGGCCAAUACCCUCCUGACUCUUUGUGUGUGUGGGUGAUCAGAAUGUCGCCCCCAUCUCUGGUCCAGCUCUACAUCUCCUCCCUGGCCAUUGAGGGACCGCUGCCAUGCCUUUUUGAUUGGCUGGAACUUAGAGAAGAGGGAGAGCAUAAUAUCACAGUCACCAGGUUCUGUGGUAAUGUGGCUCCACCCACUGUGAACACUAACAGCAGCACUGUAUGGGUUUCAUUCCGAUCUGAUGGCAGUAUAGGGGGCAACGGCUUCAUUGCACAGUAUCACGCCAUCCUUCCAUGGCAAAAAAGCUGCUCUACAGAGGAGUUUAUGUGCGAUAGUGGCCGUUGCCUGUUGCCUGUGUCUGUGUGUGACAACCAGGUGAACUGUCAGGACCAGACAGAUGAGGCCAACUGCAGCCACAAACACAAGGACUGUGGAGGUGAAAAGACAGGUUCAAGUGGCUCACUGUCCAGUCCAAAUCAUCCAAUGCCUUAUCCUCACCAGCAGCGGUGUACGUGGCAUAUAUCCGCAGAGAAAGGCCAAGGUAUCCAGCUGAGUUUCCACAACUUCAGCCUGGAGACUCAAGAUGUCUGUGAGUUUGACUAUGUUGAGGUUCAUGAUAGUAGCAACACUGGAGACAGCAAUAUCCUAGGCAGAUACUGUGGCUCAGACCUCCCUCCUGACCUUACCUCCACUGGGCCUGUGAUGAGUGUGGUGUUUGUGGCUGAUGAAGGUGUGGCAGACAGUGGCUUUUAUGCCUCAUAUCAGGUCAUCUCUCUCUCAGAGAGAGGCUGCAGUCCGGAGCAGUUUGCCUGCAGUACAGGGGAAUGUCUACAACGUGACUGGCUCUGUGAUGGCUGGAAUGACUGCGAAGAUGGUUCAGAUGAGCAAAACUGCAGCAAUUCCACCUAUCCACCUUUUGCUUCAUCUUGUGAGCCCAUUCAGGUGGAGAUGUGCCAAGGUCUGAGCUAUAAUCUCACCUCCUUCCCCAACAUAUGGCUCUCCAUUGCUGAUCAGAGAGAUGCUGCUUAUUUGCUUCAUCAGUACAGUGUGCUGAUGGAGUUGCAGUGUUUUAAGCCCCUGCAGCAGCUCGUGUGUGCGCUGUUCGUGCCGCAGUGCAGUGUGCAGGGUGGAGUGCUGCCGCCAUGUAGCUCUGUGUGUUCAACGGCAGAACAGCAGUGUGCGCGUGAUCUGGAGCUCUUUAGCCUCAGUUGGCCCUUUAACUGUCACCUACUGCCUGACUCACACGACCCCAUGCAAUGCUCAAUCCCAUAGGAUACAGCACUACUUACACUGACUCAUUUCACAACAUGACUCAACAUUAUUGAAGUUCUACUUCAGAUUUGAGUGUCUGUUAAUAAGUUUUUAUUAGGAUCAUUCAAGCUUACAUUUGUCCGGGUGCUCCAAAUAUAUACAUUUAUACCAUACCCACAUACUAUGUUGUAAUUCCAAUGAACUACCUUGUGUUUCUUAUUUAAGUUCUACCCUUUUAAUAUGCUCAGCUACAGAAUUGAACUGUGGCUGGGACCUACAUCUUAUCUGCCUCAGCCUUUCAACUGCCAUAUGCUGAUAUGCUGUAUAUCUCACAGCAUAGAGAUUCUCAUGUCAAACUUCUUCAGUGGCUGGAGAUGAUGUCAGGGGCCUCAUGAUUUUUAUUUUAUUUUUUGGAAGCAAUUUUCCUGAUGUCUAAUCUGUGUUUGUCAUAGUGGAUUAUGAAAAUAGUUCUAGGUUAAUAAAUUUUAACCAAAUAUAAAGUAUUUAGAGUGCAUUGGUACUACAAACAAAACAAAAAAUUUAAAUGACAGCAAUUAUAAUAUAUCAGUAAUUUUUUACUAGAAAUUAGAAAUGUUACUGCUUGACUGAAACUUAUUUCAGCUUCAGCAAGCUGGACCAAUCUGUAUAUUUAUCAACAAUUAUAUGAAGGAUAAUCCCUUGAAAAAAAAAAAAAUAUAUA